AUGCGGUAUGUCAAAGCACUAUUUUUUGCUUUGCUGUCAACCUAUGCCAACGCUCAAAACACGCGCGACCGAUAUAUACAACAGAUCGGCGAGGAACUCGCUGCCAACGGCGUGAUUCUGCCCAUGGCCAUGCCCACGCCCACACCGAUCCCGAAGGUGGAGGGAUCGAGGCCUGUGCGUGUCGUCAAGUCGAACGUUACCAAGGAGGAGGCGGUAGUUUUGAAGGAGGCAGUCGCUCCGGUCAAGCCGGAGGAGGAGGCCCCAGCCAAUAAAGAAGCUGCACCGCAGCCGUCCCAGACCGCCGCAUCCCAGACCGCCGCAUCCCUGUCGACGCCCGUACCACCUCACCCGAACGUAGAGCCAAAGGACAGUUCGGCACAGCCGCCAGCUCCCCCGACGGCGACUGUCCCAGCGGCACCAGCUUCCCCGGCGGCGGUCCCAGCGGCACCAGCUUCCCCGGCGGCGGUCCCAGCGGCACCAGCUUCCCCGGUGGCACUCCCAGCAGCGGCACCUGCUCCUGAGGCGGCCCCCUCGAGUUCCGAACCGGCGCCGGCGGUGGCUGGUGAUGGGGAGGAGGCAUUGCGGGAGCGCGAGGAGGACUUAAAGAAGCGUGAGACGAAUUUGAAGGAGCGCGAGGACUUGUUGCUGCACGUGGGUGCCCGAGCUGGCAGUUUUGGGCAGCAAUUGCAGAAGCGCGAGAGCGAGGUGGUUGCGAAGGAGGCGGCGCUGGAGGCGCGCAGCCGAGAGGUGGAGACCCGAACGGCUGCGUUGGAGGCUCAGGAGCUCGAGCACACACGUGUGCUGGCCGAGCGCACGCGUGUGCUGGAGGAGAAAGAUCGCGCGAUCGCGGAGCUGGAGGCGAAAGAGCGGGCGAUCGCGGAGCUGCAGACCUCGUUGGACGGCCGUCAAAAGGCAGUCGACGACCACCAGCGGGCGGUAGAGGAGCAGCAGCGUGUUGUGGAGGAACACCAGCGCGCAAUCGAGGAAAGGGAGCGUCGGGUGGCGGAUCAGGAGCAGCAGGCGGCGAGGCGGUUGCAGGAAGCCGCUGGUGCCACUGUGGAUGCAGCCCAACAGGAAAUCGCGGCUAAGUUGGCGGCCAGCGAGACUGCAAAUCAGGAGCUGACUGCCAAAUUGGCUGCCAUCGAAAGUGUGAAUCAGGAACUGACUGCGAAGUUGGCGGCCAGCGACAGUGCCAGUCAGGAGCUGACUGCGAAGUUGGCUGCCAGCGACAGUGCCAGUCAGGAGCUGACUGCGAAGUUGGCUGCCAGCGACAGUGCGAGUCAGGAGCUGGCCGCUAAGCUGGCUGCGGGCGAAUCUGCGAACCAGGAGCUGACUGACCGGUUAGCUGAACGCGAACGGGCGGUUUUGGAGCAAGAGCGGGACGUGGCUGAGAGAGUUAAGCGGCACGAGGAUGCGCUUGCUGAGUACCGCGAAGGUGUCCGACGUGAAGAGGAAAAGUUUCUGACGGAGGACCCCGCGGAAUUCGCUCGAUACCAGCGGUCGUUGCGGGAAAUGGCCGAGCUGCGGGAGUGGCUAAGACAGUGGAAAGUGCGCGCGGUCUUGAAGCGUGUCAAGGUUCGCGAUCUGACGCGCAUUGUCUACGUUGCUUCGGCUAUGUUUGCUUCGGAUGUGCACCAGGAGCUACAGGAAUUAGCUUGGACCGAACGUCUUAAGACUGCGUAUUAUGGCAUCUUUGGCUAUCGGAAGGUGGGACAAGUGGCCUUUGCCUGCUGUCUCCUCAGCCUGGCUUACCUAUAUCGACAGAUUCGCACUCUGCAUUUGGUCAAAGACGACCAGGAUGCAAUCUAUAGAUACCAAAAGCUGCUGCUAGACCAAAUGAACCUCGCUACCGAGGAGAUGAAACGGGGCUGCUUUACCACCAACCGCUACUGCGAGAACGCCGUUACGGACCUCAGAGUACACAUCGAAAAACAGGAACUACUGCUCAAGGGGACUGAAACCGGACCUUCCUCACAGCUUGCACCCAUCCCCGUAGACUACUCUGCAGACAUGGACCCUAACAGAAGCCCAAGAGAAUCCUUCAAUGGCGGCCCUCUGCCACCGGCUGGUGGCCCUCUAUUACCGGCUGGAGGCACUCUACCUCCGGCUGGCGGUACCCUAUCAGCGGCUGGCGGUACCCUAUCAGCGGCUGGAGGCACCCUACCACCCUCUGUGGGCACUCUGCCACCGGCUGGCGGUACUCUACCACCCUCUGUGGGUACUCUACCGCCCUCUGUGGGCACCCUACCACCUGCGGACGGUGCUCUGUCACCUUCUGUGGGAACCCUGCCACCCUCUGUGGAUACGAUACCGCCGUCUGGGGGUACGAUAGCGCAUGCUGCCGAAUUCCUGCCCACUGACGGAUACCAACCCAUGGGGGGUUUCCAACCGAUUGGCGGAUUCCAGCCCAAUGGGCCUGUAUCGUUCCAACCUAUGGGUAUGCCGCAGAAUGGCACACAGCCUGAAGGCCCCGUAUCGUUCCAGCCUAUGGGUAUGCCGCAGAAUGGCACACAGCCCGAAGGCCUCGUAUCGUUCCAGCCUAUGGGUAUGCCGCAGAAUGGCACACAGCCCGAGGGACCUGUGUCAUUCCAGCCUAUGAGUAUGCAGCCCGAGGGCCCCGUCUCGUUCCAGCCGAAUGGCAUAUCGUUAAAUGGCGUGCAGGCUGAAGGCGUUGUACAGCCAGCGGAUGGGCCUCAAUCGAUGUGUGCAAUAUACCAUGGGUUCACCCAGGAUGAAGGAUUUGAGCGUGCUGUGUUAGAUACGUAUAGGCAGUUGUAUUCAGGCGAUUCAAAUGCAAUUGGUCGUGGCUUGUUCGAAUUGGUUUUGAACGUCAUUCGGCACAUCCACUCGCUGCGUGGUGAUGUAGCGUCUUUGACUCAUCUGGUUCAGUUCGUUAUUGAUAGGCAGGAAAUUUGUCUGCGAUCGCAGGAUGAGAUCCUGGACGGUAUGAGAAGGGAAAAGGAUAAGGUGCUGUUUGGCAUUCGUUUACUGAAUGACAAGUUGGACUUGAAUAAUUUGGAAUCUAUUGCGCUAAGCGAGGCGGUAUAUAAUGAUGUCGUCAGGCAGAUAAGCUCCACCGAGAAAUGGCUGCCUCUGGUACAACUUUUGGAGCAUUUCGUUUCGGACCCGAAGAUGCUUGCAGCUGGUAACGAAGACUCGUCGACUCGGUGUGUUUUCACAGAAACACUCGAGAUUUUCAAGGCGCUCUGUCCCACCACCGACUCAGUUGGUAUGGCAACUGAACUGUCCAAGACCCUCAAGCCGCUUGAAAGCUUCAGAGCAGUCGUAUUUGGCGCAGCUCAAACCACCGGAAAAUUUUCCAGUGAUGAGUUCACUAGCCUGAUCAAAGACGCCUACCCACCACACCCUGACGACCGCAAAGCGCUAAGGGACUUCCUUGAAUAUCCUAAAGGAAUAAGCAAUGCAGAAUACCCGGUGUUUGAGCAGUGGAAAGAGAGCGCAAGUCCGCAGGAUUUCGAGGAAUAA